CACAGACGCAUUGAUCCAAUGAGCGGCCUCAGUCUUUGAAAUCAUCUUACCCCGACUUACUCCGCAAGUAGAUAGCCAUUCCAUACUACAUAAAUACCACCCCUCCAAUCCACCCAACCAUCUUCAUAUCCAGAACAUUCAUCUCAAUCCACCCCCAGAAAGACAGAAAGAAGCAAAAUGCCCCUCUACACAAUCGAACAUGCCAUCCCCCUCGACAAGUCCCAGCGAGACGCCCUCGCCCAAACCCUCACGCACAUCCACACCCGCAAGUUCACCACCCCCAGCCUUUUCGUGAACGUGCAGUUCGUCGACUCGACAAGGCAGUGUAACUACAUUGCUGGAAAGGAGCGCCGCAUCAACCGCAUCCUCGCACACGUCCGCGCCGGCGGAACCAGAACAACGGCCGACUUCCAGGAUCUCGCGCAGAAGAUCGAAGACGCCUGGAACGGGAUCGUGAACGGCGGCCAGCGAGGCAGUAAGGAGACGGAGCUGAAUCGGGUGUUUGUGCUGGGCGCUAUCACGGCGGGGUUGGAGAAUGGGAUUUUGUUGCCGACGGUUUGUUUGCCCCUCUUCUGUCCCUAUCUUUCUCUCUGUUUUACUUGGGGGUAGACAGGGGAUAUGGUACUCGGGUUGGGGCUAAUGUUUGAGGAAUGUAGGCCGGUGGGGAUACGACUUGGUUGAAGGAUAAUA